GGCUGCCCCCGCUGCGGGUCCCGCUUCCGCCCGCUCUGCUCCCUCACGCAGCCUUCCAGGGCUCCUCCCCCCGCUCUCGUUGACCCCCCCUCUUUCCUGCUGUCGCCUUGGGUGCUCCCCCCGCGGAGCGGAGAUUACAGAGGGGUCGGGAUGCCCCAACUCUCCGGGGCCGGCGGCGGCGGGGGAGACCCGGAACUCUGCGCCACGGACGAGAUGAUCCCCUUCAAGGACGAGGGCGAUCCCCAGAAGGAGAAGAUCUUCGCUGAGAUCAGUCACCCCGAGGAGGAGGGCGACUUAGCCGACAUCAAGUCCUCCUUGGUUAACGAGUCCGAAAUCAUCCCGGCCAGCAACGGACACGAGGUGGUCAGACAAGCACAAACCUCCCAGGAGUCCUACCACGACAAGGCCCGAGAGCACAGUGAUGAUGGAAAGCAUCCAGACGGAGGUCUCUACAACAAGGGACCCUCUUACUCCAGUUAUUCUGGCUACAUAAUGAUGCCAAAUAUGAAUAAUGACCCAUACAUGUCAAAUGGAUCUCUUUCUCCACCCAUCCCGAGAACAUCCAAUAAAGUGCCCGUGGUGCAGCCGUCCCACGCAGUCCACCCUCUCACCCCCCUCAUCACCUACAGCGACGAGCACUUUUCUCCAGGAUCGCACCCAGCACACAUCCCUGCCGAUGUCAACUCCAAACAAGGCAUGUCCAGACACCCCGCGGCUCCCGAGAUCCCCACCUUCUACCCCCUGUCUCCGGGCGGUGUCGGACAGAUCACCCCGCCUCUCGGCUGGCAAGGUCAGCCUGUCUAUCCCAUCACGGGAGGAUUCAGGCAACCCUACCCGUCCUCACUCUCAGUGGACACCUCCAUGUCCAGGUUUUCCCACCACAUGAUUCCUGGCCCUCCCGGCCCCCACACAACUGGCAUCCCUCAUCCCGCUAUCGUAACGCCUCAGGUCAAGCAGGAGCACCCGCACCCCGACAGCGACCUAAUGCACGUGAAGCCUCAGCAUGAACAGAGAAAGGAGCAGGAGCCCAAAAGACCUCACAUUAAGAAGCCUCUGAACGCUUUUAUGUUAUACAUGAAAGAGAUGAGAGCAAACGUCGUCGCCGAGUGCACGCUGAAGGAAAGCGCCGCCAUCAACCAGAUCCUGGGCAGGAGGUGGCACGCCCUGUCCCGGGAGGAGCAGGCGAAAUACUACGAGCUGGCGCGGAAGGAGAGACAGCUGCACAUGCAGCUCUACCCCGGCUGGUCUGCGAGAGACAAUUACGGUAAGAAGAAGAAGAGGAAGAGAGAGAAACUGCAGGAAUCGACAUCCGGUGGAAAACGAAGCUCCUUCCCCACGUGCAAAGCCAAGGCGGCGCCCCCGGGGCCCCUGCUGGAGAUGGAAGCUUGCUGAAGCCAGCUCAGCCGCCGGAGACUGAGACGACACCCACGAGCCGCCGCCCACAGACAAUCACUGCCACCCCGUCGGCAGAGCCCCCCCAUACGGCCUGACGUCUUCGGCCACCACCACCCCGGCCCCGGGCGAGGCCCCAGGCUCCGCUCCACAGGGAGGCCCCAGGCCCCGCCUCGCCCCGGGUCUCCCCCUUCUGCCCGCAGCUUCUAUUUAACAGCGCGACGCGUCCAUCUUGGGUGGGCUUCCUUUCUGUUUUUUUUAAACUUGAACUGUGUCCAUUUGCUCUUUCGUUUCCAUGGCCGUCUGCUGCGCUAGCUCUCCGCUUUCCACACGCAUCACAGCCCUGGGCGACAGGACGCCACGGAGGCCUUUCUCGCGCCCCACGGCGGCUCCGCUCCCGGCCCUCCCGGCCGCU